UGUCAACAACAACAUUACAUCUCCAUCCGCUGAAUCACCAUGAGUCACUUGCCCGUGAUUGCGGUGGUUGACGACGAGCUCGUACGCGCGACGCACGGAUUGACCGACUUGGUGUCGCGCCCCGCCAUUGAACUCAAGGCAUGUUAUGGCGUGCCGGCUUCACCGAACGGUACGGACGCAGCCUGCGACGUGGCGAUGAACGGGACACCACAUCUGAACCGCGCAGAGGUGCUCGUAGGGGAGGCGCUCAACAAAGCGCUGGCAGAGAACCCCGACGGGGUUGAGGUCAGGUGGCCGUUCGCGCCCGCGGACACGAUCGAUUGGGAAGGCCGCGAGAUCGUACUCCUGCAGAUGUACGCGAUGCUCAACAUCAAGCCGAACAACAACACCCAUCCACUCCUCCUCGUCCCACCUGCGUCAUCCCCGACCCUCCCCCUGUCAGAACAGGAGCUUUACGCCCAGAUGGUGUUCGAGAAUCUGAAUGCGCCGCAAUUCGCACUGUUCCCUAACUCGAUAGUCUCGCUGCUCGGGUUAAACGCGACGACAGGCAUUGUCCUGCACAUUGGUCGCAGCACGUCCACUGUGGCCAUCGUCGUUGACUCGAUCGUGCGGUGGGAGUGCGCCACGAGCGUUGACAUUGGAGAACUCGACUGCGAGGCCUAUCUCGAAAGCCUUCUGCUCGCAGAUGACAGACUUGACAAGGAGCUGAAGAAGGCCGCUGGUGUUGAGUCCUUCGCGCCCAGGCAAAAGGAAAAGUACAUCCGCGAGAUCCAGGAGUUCAUCUUCGCCGAGUGCACUGGGGACGACAUUGAGGUGCCCUUGCCGAAGGGUGUCGGACAGAAGACCGUCGAGGUUGCAGGCAAGGCUGAAAAAGAGGACGAGGGUUUCGACGUCGCGAAGAAGCUAACUGCGGAUGUAGUGCCCCCACCGCAGAUUGCGAACUCGCACAAGUCUAAGAAGCAACAGGCGCAGAUGCUGGCCGCAGCUCAGUCGAAGGCGCAGGCGGCAGCGGAUGCGGCUAUUGCAGCCGACAUCAUCACCAUCUCGAUCCCGUCUCUGCCUGAGAAGGAGAUCAUUAUUGGACAGGUACGGCAUCGUCUGGCUGACCCGUUACUUAAGGGCAAAACGCCCGGUGGUGACACUGUGUGGGAGGCAAUCGGGCGCGCGGUGGAGAGCUCGGCGCUUAAUGGCUUCGAGCGCGUGGCGGUAUGGGACGGUCUCGCAGUGGUGGGCGACAUGGCACGCUUCAAGUCGCUCCCCAUCGCCGUCGCGACGUACGUCAGCCCAUACCUCCUCUCAUCAUCCGACCUGCCAUCAGACUCGCAGCCGGCGCGUGUUAAGCUGCUCUCCAUACCAGAGUACUUUGCCAACUACAAAGGAGCGACCGGCGACCUUGCGCCCUUCUUGGGCGCGAGCAUGGUGGCCAAGCUCGCGUUUAACGAGAGCCAGGGCAAGCACUACGUGUCCAAACUUGACUACAAUUCGCAUGGCCCGUCGUGCAUUCAUGGCGUGUGGCCUGAGGCGUAGAAGGUAGUAGAUUACAGAUGUAACGGUUAUUGUAGC